AUGGGAGCAUACUUGUCUGCACCUAAAACGAAUAAGGAGUCCCUGGACGGAGGAAACUUAGAGCUAGACCCAAGCAGAUAUGGACUGUCGUGCAUGCAGGGAUGGAGGAAGAACAUGGAAGAUAGUCACAUUUGCUAUAACAAUCUGAAACUGAACGAAAUAGAGGAGGAUGUAUCCAUUUAUGGCGUUUUCGAUGGACAUGGAGGACCAAAUGUGUCAAAAUGGAUUUCGUAUAAUUUCCGAAGGAUUUUUUUAAGAUGCAUAAAAGAAGCUAGUGAGGAGUUAACCAAGAAGAAUCUCAACAAGUCCAAAAAUUAUAAAUUAAAACUAAUAAAAUUAACCCUUGAAAAAACAUUUCUGAAAUUAGAUGAAGAAAUGCUGCUCACGGAGAAUCAAGAAAAAUUAAAAAAAUAUAGCGUACCAACACAAGAAAAUGAAGAAGAAUCUGACACAAGGGAAAAUUAUUUGUAUUCCAUUUUGAAUGACAUAAUAUCGAAAAAUAUCAGCAUCAAAGCUGUAGAGAAAGAUGGGAAGAGGUGCUUGCAGGUUGUUUAUAAUAAGGACGGAAAUCCAGUAGAAGAAGGAAAUGCAGAAUCAUCCACCACGCUAGCCGAUGAUGAAAAUAACAAAUCGCCUGACUUGCUGGGCAGCACGGAUAGUAUAGUUAAGGAGGAGGAGAAGGACAACGAUGAAGACAAAGAUGGUGAUGAAGCUGGGGAAAAGGAGACUGCAAUGGAGGAGGGAACGAAUAAGGAUGCCGUGAAGAAGGAGAUCUGCAAAGACGGUGGAAACACACAAGAUGGGAACAAUAAAACUUUGAAGAAAGACGACGAAAUUUCAGAAGGUUUAACUGCCAACGAUGGAGAAGAAAAAGGUGCAAUCAAGGGGGAAGUAGAAAAGGGCGAAAAGGGCGAAAAAACGGAAGACGAUGAGGAGAAAAACAGUGGAAGUACGGAAGAAAAAACAGAUGCAGAGGAGAAAAAUAAGGAAGAAAAAUUGGGAAAGGGUAAGUGUGAGAUGGACACUAAUAAGGCUAUAUCAAGUGUGAGUGGAAGUGAAAAUAAAGGCAAGGUGAAAGACGAGGAUGGUAAGGAACACACUGAUGGGUAUGCCGACAACGGCGAAAACGCGGAAACGAAUGCGAAGAGGUUGAAGAAGGGCAUGAAUAACGAGUACUCGGGAAACGAAAAGGAGAGCAACAAGGAGGAUGAUCUCAACGAUGGCAGUAGUGGUAGCACAUGCGAACCGGUGAUCAAAGCCGAACUGACGUAUGACAACCUAAAGUGCAUGGAGGAGGCAGCGGCCAAAGAAGCGAAAAAUAAUGGUGCAAACGGGAACUUACCUGGGUUUGACGAAAGCGCACUGAGGUUAUAUGAAAAAGGAAGUAGUAGCAGCGAUGAGGGAUUUUCCUACGACGAGGCUGUGACAAAUGUAAUCGAUAACAACAUAAGUAGUAACAACGAUGGCAGUAACGAGACAGACGAUUGCAAUGGGUUAUAUUCGUCCGAUGAGUUACGCCUAUUUGAAAAUUACUACUCAAAUGAUUAUGAAGAUAACAUAGCUUAUAGUUGCGGAUCGACAGCACUAGUAGCAGUUAUCCUUAAGGGAUACCUUAUAGUGGCGAAUGCAGGAGAUUCGAGAGCCAUCGUUUGUUUUAAUGGGAACUCGUUAGGUAUGUCCACAGACCAUAAGCCACAUUUGCAGGAAGAAGAAGCCCGAAUUAAGAAGGCAGGGGGAUAUAUUUCUAAUGGAAGAGUAGAUGGAAAUUUAAAUUUGACAAGAGCUAUUGGUGAUUUGCACUAUAAAAGGGAUCCAUUUUUACCUCAGAAGGAUCAGAAAAUUUCUGCCUUUCCGGAAGUUACUUGUGUUACUUUAACUCCGGAAGAUGAAUUUUUAUUUCUUGCUUGUGAUGGUAUUUGGGAUUGUAAAGAUGGACAAGACGUGGUCGGGUUUGUAAAGACGAGACUUGAAAAGUUUGAAGAACCAACAAGUGAUGAAACUGUAAUUGACAGCACAGACAACACGAAUGAAAAUGCCACAACGACUAUUACGACUAAUGAAAAUAUUGUUAACAGUCUAGGCAAUGAUGAAAAGGACAAAUCGAAAGAGUUAGAACAAAAUGAAGUAAGCAAGGAGAAGAAAAAUGCAGAAGGAACAGGGGUAGUGGGCUUACCGAUAGGUAAGAAGAAACACAACAAAAACGCUGUCAAGGGCACGAAUAGCAACGAUGAGGAUGUUGAAAAUGGUAGUGAGAAAAAAAGCACAAAGGAAGAAGGAGGCCCUUCUGAAGAUGCUCAUGGGGAAAACGACGACGAUGAAGAAGAAGAAGACGAUGAGGAGGAGGACGAGGAAGAUGAUGAAGAUGAAGAAAACGUCAGUCGAAUGAGAACCCAUGAUGGAUUAGAAAUGGAUAGGUAUGAUGAAGACGACACGAAAUUCGAUUCCGCACCAGUUAUCGUAAGGAAAAAAUUCGAAAAAUUUAAUAAACUCUCCCAGAUUUGUGAAGAGUUGUGUGAUGAGUGCUUGUCCAACAAUUACAAAGAGAACGAUGGAAUUGGAUGCGAUAACAUGACGUGCCUGAUCGUUCAGUACAACCCCAUUUAUAAAAUACACACAGAGAAGAAGUUUUUAAAUAUAGACGAUAUUGA